AUGAAAGUAUUAUUCAUCUUUACAACAUUGCUAGCUAUAGUGUUUGCUGCAAGUAACAAUGUUACACCACAAAGUGUAAAAUUAGCUCUGACUACAACCAGCCCAAGCUCAAUGAGAGUGUCAUGGUUCACUUAUAACAGUGGUAGUUCACCAUCUGCUUUAUUGAGUGUUGACGGUCAAUUCAACCCAUACGAUUACAAUGCUGCCAACGUUGCUCUAUUCACUGGGUCAUCGGAAGGUUAUGAUACCUUUCAAUGGAGUGGUUACAUCAAUACUGCUGUCAUGUCUGAUUUACAAGAACAUACUACCUAUUAUUACUCUUGUGGUGAUAAGGAAUCAAACAAGUGGUCACAAGUUUACAAUUUCACAACCGCUGCAGCACCAGCUGAACAAUCAUUUGUAACACCAUUCCAAAUCGUCGCCUAUGGUGAUAUGGGUAUCAGUGGAAAUAACACUCAAACAUUACAAGCAAUUGAACAGCGUAUCGAUACGACUGCUUUUAUUUUACAUGUUGGUGAUAUUGCAUAUGCUGAUUUGGGCAAGUCCGCACUAGACUCUAUUGGUGGCAAUCAAACUAUUUGGAAUGAAUUUUUAAAUGUCAUUACUCCACUUUCAUCCACUCUUCCAUACAUGGUUUGUCCAGGAAAUCAUGAUAUUUUCUAUGACCUUGCAGCUUAUAGAAGAACCUUUUUAAUGCCAGUUGAAAGUAAUGAUGAUAAUUAUUAUGCAUUUGAUUAUAAUGGUAUUCAUUUCAUUUCCUUCUCGACCGAACUCUUUAUUCCAUUCAGUCCACAACACCUCUGGUUAGAGAGUCACUUGCGUGAAUUUAGAAAAUCAAAUCCAAAUGGAUGGUUGGUCGUUUAUGCUCAUCGUCCAAUCUAUUGUUCAACUACUUGGUCUUGGUGUAAUACUGAUACUUAUAGAGUAAUUAUCCAAGAUAGUAUUGAACCAUUAUUCAAGAAAUAUAAUGUUGAUUUGUAUAUCACUGGACAUGCACAUUCCUAUGAAAGAUCAUUACCAGUAUACAGUGGAGAAGUUGCUGGAACAUAUGAAAAACCAGAAGCAACCGUACAUAUUGUGAAACAACAGCAACAACAACAAAUACUAACAAUGGUUAUGUCUAAAAUGGUAGGUGGUAGAUUCUUGCUUACAGGAUAUGGACUCUUGUCUUUUGAAAAUGACACAAGUUUACAUUGGGAAUUUUAUGGUCCUGAAGACACCGUAUUGGAUGAAUUUUAUUUAACCAAGGCUAAUAUGCAUAUAUUUCCAAACCUACAGUCAAUCGAUAUUGUUGCAGAGAAUUUGGACAACAAUGCUACUCGAGCAAUCCUAGAGGUCAUCAAAGUAUUCCCAGUCAACUUGGAGAUCACUAUUGACGAUGAAUAUCGUUCGUUGGUCACUAGAGUGGCCCGACCAAACCAGAUCUUUGAGAUACCUCAAUUCCAUGUAAUCAUAUUCGAUGUUGAUAUGACUAGUCUUGGUGCAAUUUUAAAAGAACUUUGGUUGAAAGGUUUACAUGAUCAUGAACCCUUCAUUGACGAGGACGAGGACGAUGAUGAAGAGGAAGAGAACAACCACAACGAGGAGGAAGAGGUCAAUGAAGUAGAAGAGGGAAACGACAACGAGGAGGAAGAGUUCAAUGGAAUAGUUCAAAAAAUAGAAAGAGAAGCUUCAUUAUUUGCACAGAUCUGGCAAGAAAACCAAACCAUUGCCAUUCUUGGAUUGUCAAAGCUUCCAAAAAUCAUUUCACCACAAUUCUUUUCUAGUCUAUCUCUCAAUCAUAGUAUCACAACAUUAAUAUUGACCGAUGGUACAUUGAAACAAGAACACAUUCCUUCUUUCUGUCAACUGCUGGUGGACAAUCAGACAAUCAAAUCUCUAGAUAUUCAUUGGAAUAAUUUAGAACCUAGCGAAGAGUUGGAUGAGGCAAUCAAACAUAACAAUUCGAUCAAGGUAAAAACAGGAGAUAAUUAA